UUUCCCGCUCACGCUCACACAUACAGAUGUGAGAAAACUAACAACACGCUUCUUGUAAAAUUGUAUUUAAAUUGCGAGAAAAACUGAAUUAAACAUUAAAUAAAACUGUAAUAAGAUUUAAAAACAUGUCCAAGCCUGAGACCGCCGCCGUGGAGGCCAAUGAAGAGAAUUCGAAUGAGACAACUUCGGAUGCGGCCACCAGUUCCUCGGGUGAAAAGGAAGCGGAAUUUGAUAACAAAAUUGAGGCGGAUCGUAGCAGACGCUUUGAUUUCCUGCUCAAGCAAACGGAAAUCUUCACCCAUUUUAUGACAAACAGCACAAAGAGUCCCACAAAGCCCAAAGGCCGGCCAAAGAAGAUCAAGGACAAAGACAAAGAGAAGGAUAUUGCCGAUCAUCGCCAUCGAAAGACCGAACAGGAGGAGGAUGAGGAACUCCUGGCCGAGGAUUCGGCUACUAAGGAAAUAUUCCGUUUCGAUGCGUCACCCUCGUACAUUAAGUCGGGUGAGAUGAGAGAUUAUCAGGUGCGUGGUCUCAACUGGAUGAUAUCCUUGUAUGAGAACGGCAUUAAUGGCAUCUUGGCUGAUGAAAUGGGUCUGGGUAAGACCUUACAAACUAUAUCCUUGUUGGGUUAUCUGAAGCAUUUCAAAAACCAAGCUGGCCCCCAUAUAGUAAUCGUGCCGAAAUCCACCCUGCAGAAUUGGGUGAAUGAGUUUAAGAAGUGGUGUCCUUCACUGCGUGCUGUCUGCCUGAUUGGUGACCAAGAUACACGUAACACAUUCAUACGUGAUGUCCUGUUGCCUGGAGAAUGGGAUGUUUGUGUCACCUCCUAUGAGAUGUGCAUAAGGGAGAAAUCCGUUUUCAAGAAGUUCAAUUGGCGUUAUCUGGUCAUCGAUGAGGCUCAUCGCAUUAAGAACGAGAAAUCCAAGUUAUCCGAGAUUUUGCGCGAAUUCAAGACAGCCAAUCGUUUGCUUAUCACUGGAACACCCUUGCAGAAUAAUCUCCAUGAGUUGUGGGCUCUGUUGAAUUUCUUAUUGCCUGAUGUAUUCAACUCAUCCGAAGAUUUUGAUGAAUGGUUCAAUACGAACACUUGUCUGGGCGAUGAUGCUUUGAUUACCCGACUUCAUGCAGUCCUCAAGCCUUUCUUGUUGCGUCGUCUAAAGGCUGAGGUGGAGAAACGCCUAAAGCCGAAAAAGGAAAUGAAAAUCUUUGUUGGACUCUCGAAAAUGCAACGUGAUUGGUAUACAAAGGUAUUGCUCAAGGAUAUCGACAUUGUGAAUGGUGCCGGCAAAGUGGAGAAAAUGCGAUUGCAAAACAUUCUCAUGCAGCUGAGGAAGUGUACCAAUCAUCCGUAUCUGUUUGAUGGAGCUGAACCAGGUCCACCAUAUACCACCGAUACCCAUUUGGUCUAUAAUUCGGGAAAAAUGGCUAUAUUGGAUAAACUUUUGCCCAAGUUACAGGAGCAGGAAUCUCGUGUCCUGAUUUUCUCACAAAUGACUCGCAUGUUGGACAUCCUGGAGGAUUAUUGUCAUUGGCGGAAUUACAACUAUUGCCGCCUGGAUGGUCAGACGCCUCAUGAAGAUCGUAAUCGCCAGAUCCAGGAGUACAAUAUGGAGAAUAGCACAAAAUUCAUAUUCAUGUUGUCCACAAGAGCCGGUGGCUUGGGAAUCAAUUUGGCCACAGCUGAUGUGGUUAUUAUCUAUGAUUCCGAUUGGAAUCCCCAAAUGGAUUUGCAAGCCAUGGAUCGUGCCCAUCGUAUUGGUCAGAAGAAACAAGUGCGUGUCUUUCGUCUAAUCACUGAGAGCACGGUGGAGGAGAAAAUUGUAGAGCGUGCUGAGGUUAAGUUGCGUUUGGAUAAAAUGGUUAUCCAGGGCGGACGAUUGGUCGACAAUCGUUCCAAUCAGCUAAAUAAGGACGAGAUGUUGAAUAUUAUUCGUUUUGGCGCCAAUCAAGUAUUCAGUUCCAAGGAAACCGACAUCACAGAUGAGGACAUCGAUGUCAUUUUGGAGCGUGGUGAAGUUAAGACAGCCGAACAAAAGGCUCAAUUGGAUAGCUUGGGUGAGAGUUCCUUGAGAACUUUCACCAUGGACACCAAUGGCGAGGCUGGUUCGUCAUCAGUCUAUCAGUUCGAGGGAGAAGAUUGGCGUGAGAAGCAAAAACUUAAUGCUUUGGGCAAUUGGAUUGAGCCGCCAAAGCGUGAACGCAAAGCCAACUAUGCUGUGGAUGCCUAUUUCCGUGAAGCUCUCCGAGUAUCCGAACCAAAGGCACCAAAGGCGCCACGCCCACCCAAACAACCGAUUGUCCAGGACUUUCAAUUUUUCCCACCCCGCUUGUUUGAGUUGCUUGACCAGGAGAUUUACUAUUUCCGCAAGACAGUGGGCUACAAAGUGCCCAAGAACACGGAACUCGGCUCUGAGGCCAGCAAAGUGCAGCGUGAGGAGCAGCGUAAAAUUGACGAGGCCGAACCCCUUAGUGAGGAUGAAUUUCAAGAGAAGGAGGUUCUACUAUCCCAGGGUUUUACCACAUGGACGAAACGGGAUUUCAAUCAAUUUAUCAAAGCCAAUGAGAAAUAUGGCCGUGAUGAUAUCGAGAAUAUAGCCAAGGAUGUGGAGGGCAAAACACCUGAAGAGGUUAUCGAAUAUAAUGCUGUAUUCUGGGAGCGUUGCACCGAAUUGCAGGACAUUGAGCGCAUAAUGGGACAAAUAGAGCGAGGCGAAGCCAAAAUUCAACGGCGUUUGUCUAUUAAGAAAGCCUUGGACCAGAAGAUGUCUCGCUAUCGUGCUCCAUUCCAUCAACUUCGUUUGCAAUAUGGCAACAAUAAGGGCAAAAAUUAUACAGAAAUUGAUGAUCGUUUUCUUGUUUGCAUGCUACAUAAAUUGGGCUUUGACAAGGAGAAUGUCUACGAAGAAUUGCGAGCAGCUAUAAGAGCUUCACCCCAGUUUCGUUUCGAUUGGUUUAUUAAAUCCCGCACAGCUUUGGAGAUUCAGCGUCGUUGUAACACUUUGAUUACCCUAAUCGAACGUGAGAAUCUCGAGCUAGAGGAAAAGGAACGUGCCGAGAAAAAGAAAAAGGCACCAAAGGGUGGCACUCCGGCGAGUAGUGGCAGUACAUCUAGUACACCGGCUCCACCACCCCAACCCAAGGCCAAUCAGAAACGUAAAAGUGAAGUGGUGGCCAGUAGUUCCAAUGCUAAGAAGAAGAAGAAGUAAACACAAUGACUAUUUAUAUAUAUGAUAUUCACAUGAGAUUUAGUACCCUAAAAAAACAACGCAUAUAACUACAACAACAAUAACAACAAAAGCAGCAGCAUUAGUAAUAGAAUACCACACAUACGAUUUAAGAAAUACCCUACAAAGCUCUGAUUACUUAAAGAUUUAUCUUUUGCAUGAAACACAUACGUAAAGCAUAAUUUAUCAAAAAAAAAAAAACAAAUAAAACAGAGGCAGUUAAUCCUUCGAAUUCAUACAUACCAAUAAUACGACACCCCACGCUCCCUUCCCUCUCAUACGAUUAAAUAUAUUAUAUAUUAUUAAUUUUCAUUCAUAUUAAAUUCCACUUAAUUGUAUAUCAGUUUUUAAGUAAAAUAUAUAUGCCGAUAAAUGUUACAGAACAAAAAGAAAACCA